CUUAAACCUUCAACAACAGAGAAAGAUUCAACAACUAUGGAGACCUCAAAGAAUUCAAAUUCAGAUUCCGUUGCGAUAAAUACAGAAAAAUUAGAAACAAAAUCUGUUGUUACAUCUGAAAAUCAAUUGGAAAUACCUUUGUUAGAAGAUUUACAAGUUGCUGAUAAACCACAGAAAACAGCAGCCCAAAAAGUCAUUAGAAAAACAUUCAAAAAAACAGCCGUUUUAUCAAAUCUUUUGCCUUCAGACAGUUUUCGCGAUGAAAGAGGCAAAGUCCGUUAUGGAUUGGCUACAUUCAGGGGUUUAUGGAUUAUUGAUGGUUCAUCUCCUCCUGAGGAUGUAGAAAAAUAUAAGCUGAAAUUCAUUGAUUUCUUUCAUGCAUUUUUGUCAAUACUUGUUUUUUGUGCUGUCGCGGCGUUUGAUCAGAAUGUGAUGAAAUGCUUGUACCCUUCUCCGUCUCUGGAUGCUCAGGAGAUACUCGCGAUAUUGCCAAUGGUUGUUGGGGUGAUUUGCACGUUUUUGUUCGUUGUUUUUCCUACAACUCGUCAUGGAAUUGGAUUCCCUCUUUCCCGUUGUUAAGACUCAUAAAUAUUAAUGCCUCGUUUUGCUCGAUUGAAAGGAUUUACAAGAGUCCAUACUCAUCAUCAUGUUUUCAGAUUCGAGAAGGCGUCCUGAAUUCAACCGCUGCACACAAGAUCUCUGAAGCAAAAAAAAUUGUUACAUAAUACUUCAAAUUGUAAUUUGCUCAUCUAUUCUCUCAAAAUUGCAUCUUUCUUUGUAUAAACAAGUUCAAGAACACUCAUGUUCAACAUUGUUUUUGUGUUGUGUGUACAAAUGGUCUCAUAUUUAAAAAAAAAUGGGCUUCAAAAUGAACUAUACUACAGAAAUGG